CGUAGCAUACAGGUCGUUGUCGACGGAUAUUGCUCGAACCCGAAGCCCGUGAAUGCUGGAGUGCCCCAAGGCUGUGUGCUAUCUCCUACGCUGUUUCUUCUGCAUAUCAAUGAUAUGUUGGACACCUCCAACAUGCAUUGCUAUGCAGAUGACAGCACUGGUGAUGCCGUAUACACGGGCCAUGCAGGUCUCUCUCGGGAAAUCGUCGACCAGUGCCGGGAGAAACUUGUGUCUUCUAUCGAGUCCUCUCUCGAGAAGGUCGCGGAAUGGGGUAAAUUGAACCUUGUCAAAUUUAACCCCCAGAAGACUCAAGUUUGCGCGUUUACCACUAAAAAAACCCCAUUUGUCGUAUCACCGCUCUUCGAGAACACUUCUCUUAAAGCCGCGCCUAGUAUCGGAAUACUGGGUCUCGAAAUCUCGAGCGAUUGCCAAUUCCGUGGCCAUCUGGAGGGCAAAGCCAAAUUGGCUUCGAAGAAACUGGGCGUCAUAAAUAGAGCACGGCAAUACUUCAAGCCGGCCCACAUUCUAGCGCUCUACAAAGCGCAGGUCCGGCCACACAUGGAGUAUUGCUGUCAUCUCUGGUCUGGUGCACCCCAGUAUCUGCUCGAUCCAUUUGACCGCGUGCAACGUAGAGCAGCUCGAAUUGUCGGGGACUCAGUGCUCUGUGAACGGCUGGAUCACUUGGCGUUGCGUAGAGACGUCGCUUCAUUGUGUGUCUUCUACCGCAUUUAUCACGGGGAGUGUUCCGAAGAGCUGUUUAACCUGAUUCCUGCCGCCGAAUUUCACCAUCGCACGACACGCCACAAGUUAGGAUAUCAUCCCCACCAUCUGGAUGUGUGGCGGUCCUCCACAGUGCGGUUUUCAAGAAGCUUUCUCCCUCGUACUACAAAGCUGUGGAAUGAGCUUCCUUGUGCGGUGUUUCGGGGACGAUACGACAUGGGUACCUUCAAAAAAAGCGCGUACACCUUCCUUAAAGGCCGGCAACGCUCUUGUGAUUCCUCUGGUGUUGCAAGAGAAUGUGGGCGGCGGUGAUCACUUAACACCAGGUGACCCGUACGCUCGUUUG